AUGUCCGCCACUGCUACCGCCGUUUCCGCAGCCGAGAAGCCUGUCCGGAGAUUUCCACCACCGUGUUGGACCCAAGAUGAAGCACUAGCACUGAUCCAAGCCUACCGGGAGAGAUGGUACGCCCUCCGCCGUGGGUACCUUCGCACCGCGGACUGGGAUGCGGUGGCGGAAGAGGUAGGCCGGAUAUGUCCUGGCGCCGUACCACCCAAAACAUCCGCCCAGUGCCGCCACAAGAUGGAGAAACUCCGACAGCGUUACCGUGCAGAGAAACAACGAGCGCUGUCGUUCCCUGGUGGCCAGUUUCUCUCAACCUGGUUCUACUUCGAAGCUAUGGAUUCAAUGGAGAAAAACGGUAGCGGAUCUAAUGCCGAUGAAGAAACACAAUCCGGUAAUGAUCUCAAUUCUUCCGGUAUGAAAAAUGUUAAUUCGAAAAAUAAUCAUCAAUCCAACGCAAUUACUGUUUCGAAUUAUGGGGGUUUGCAUCCUGGGCGUGGGAUUCGCUUCAAACCAGUUGCAGCUGAUAGCAAUUUGGUAACUAUAGCAAGCAGGUCAAAUAAUUUUAGGGUUUCACAUAACUAUGCUGCACAAGAGGAAGAUAAUGAUAACCAUGAUGAAGUUGAAGACGAAUAUUUUAUUGAACCUCCAAUCGUUACAGAACAUUCAGGUAUUAGACCAAGAAAAUUUAGCAAGACUGCUUCAAACUCGAAUCCUAGCUACUGGAAUGAAAACGGGGAAGAAGACGACGAUAAUGAUGAUGGAGAAGAUGAAGUUUGGGUAAAGAUGGGAAAAGACAGGAGUUCAGCAUCCAUUGAGUUUAGAGAUAGUAAGUAUGCUGACAGGAACAGGAACAUGAACUCAAGCCACCACUAUUUGAAUGGUGAAGAUGAUUUUUCAAGAGAAAAAAGAGGGGUGAAAAGAGACAAUGACAACUCCUUAGGAGAGAUUGUGUCAUCGAUUAAGGUUUUAGCUGAUGGGUUUGUGAAGAUGGAGAAGAUGAAGAUGGAUAUGGUUCAUGAGAUUGAGAAAACACGAAUGGAAGCCGAGAUGAAACGCAAUGAGCUGCUUAUCGAGUCACAAAAACAAAUCGUUGAGGCUUUCGUUAAAGGUUUAGCAGAUAAGAGAAAGCAACAACAAUGA